GAUAGGCGUCCCGCCGACUACAUUUAGACAUUAUUUAACUUUGUCGGGACCACCCAGCUGCUGUUUGGACCUGUUUUAUUUCCACCAUGACACCGUUAACUGUCCGCCAUCGUCACCGUGAACGCGUUUUAACGUCUGGGGAGCGGAAGUGAGAGAAGGGGAAGUUGUUUGGGGAUAGAGGAAAAAUAAACCCCUCAAAGAAGAGAUUUUCUUCUGUCAAGUUCAAGCCAAAUUUCGCCUUUCUGGAGGACGGGGGACCCUGGAGUUUUUGUGGGCAUGGACACCCACGUCAAGGAGGGACAACUUUAUGUGCAGCAUCAAAAGUUUGGAAAGAAAUGGAAGAAGAACUGGUUUGUCCUGUACCCCGCCAGCCAAAAUGGCAUCGCCCGCCUCGAAUUCUACGACUCACCUUCGGGCGGAGGUGGCGGAGUCGGUGGAGGCACGGGAAGCGGGUCCAAUGAGAAAACCAGGAAGCUUGACAAGAAGAUCAUACGCUUGUCUGAGUGCAUUUCCAUCCUGCCGGCGCUGACGGAGAGCUGUCCCAAAGAAAACAUGUCAGCGUUCUGCGUGGAAACCAAUGACAAGACCCACGUGUUUGCUGCAGAGAAGAACGCCACCAAAGACUGGAUGGAUAUCAUGUGUGACAUCGCUUUUCAGGGAGGGGGUGGCAGCAGCUGUACUGCUGCAGACUCAAAUGGAGGACCCCAGGACCUGCAGAUGUCUGAAAACCUCAUCUACUACUCCAGAGAGGAAGUGAACGAGUUCUGGGUGAGCAUUCAGCGUACUGAGGCGUCGGAGCGCUGCGGACUGGUGGGCAACUACUGGCUGAAAGCUGAAAAUGAGGUCUUGAUCUUGAAGGAGCCAAAGACCAAGAGGAAUAUCCUGGUGUGGCCCUAUAAGCUGCUGAGGAGAUAUGGGAGAGACCGGGUGAUGUUUUCUUUCGAGGCGGGUCGGCGCUGCGACUCAGGCCCCGGCAACUUCACCUUUGAGACCAAGCAAGGCAACGAGAUCUUCAUGCUGGUGGACCAGGCCAUCCAGUCACAGAAGGCUCUGGUUGAGGAGCGCCACCUCAGCUGCCCCUUCAACUUCGACCCCGACUGCCCUGCGUCGCUGCAGCACAUACGCAACCCUGGCGGCAUGACGGGAAGUGGUGACAGCAGCAGCAGCAGCAGUCGGGAGGCAGAUGGCGAUUCAGGCGGCAGCAAACCGGGGUCUGCUGAUGGGGUGCUUGGGAAGAGAGAGGGCGGAGACGGAGGAGGAGGAGGAGGAGGAGGAGGAAGAGGGCAAGGAGGUGGAGCAGCAGGAGGACUUAAAGGCAGGAGUUUACCAGAGCCACCAGCCAUGUUGGGGGUUUUGGUAGGAGGAGGGACCCCUCCGCGGUCUCCAAGAGGGCAGGCAUCAGCAAAAGGUCUUUCCUCAGCUGAUGAACAAGCAGGUCUUUAUUCUGAACCAGCUGACUCGGUCCGCCUGCCUCUGCACAGCGCUGACUGCCUCUACUCCGACCCGGUGGACAGCAUCAAGGGCCAGAACCAAUCCAGCAACCCAUCCAGCCCUCCAGUGCCCACCCCACGCCUCCGACCAGUAGGAGAUGAGUCCUCAACAGGUGGUGUCCAAGGGGAUCAGCACCACGCAGGCACCAAUCACAGGAAGCCACCAGACCUGUACUCGCAUGUGUACGACCGGAUCAGCCUGGAGCUGAACCAGAAAACAAGCGCUCUGAGUCUCAACGGGGCUGCAGGGGGAGGAAGAGGGGGAGGAAGAGGAGUGAACAAUAACAGGCGGCCCCCAGGAGGCCAAGCAGAGGGGGCUUCAUCACCUCCUGGUCCUCCUCCAGAGCACAUAUAUGAUGAACCAGAGGGUUGCGCCAAAGGAAGCACAAGCUUGCCUGCUAGUUUAGGGAUGACCAUUUACGACGAGGCCCGUUUGGAGGUGGGGGCCCCGUCAGGACUGGAGGGGAAUUACAGCACCCCUUCCCACGGGAAGCCUGCGGAGUCCCACAGACACUCUCCUCCGCAGCUCGCACCGAUCCGUGGCACUCUGUAUCCUCCAGCUCCAAGGGGGCCCAAACCGGUUACUGCUCCCAAACCGGGCAGGGGCAUUUUUGGUCGGAAGGAGCCGGUGCCACUGCCCCCUGGGAAACAUGGAGGUCCUGGCAGUAAUGUGAACAACAACAACAACAUUUGGGGUGGAGGAGGAGGAGAAGGAGAGGAGAGGGAGCUGUACAGCAAAGUGUCUAAACAGAAGCCCCUGCCCGCUAAUUUGUGGUAUAGCCAACACCACCAGCAGCUGAGAUCACCUGAUAUCAUCUAUGACAACUUGGGAGAUAUUUGACAUUUUAAUUCUACAUGGACUGGAAUGAAACGUUUACUGCCCUUUUUAAAAAGAGGAGAGAAAGAUGAUGCUGAUAAGCAAACCUUUGGUUGACGCCUUUAUUCUUGGAGUUUUUGUGAGGACUGAACACAUUUUCUCUUUUCCAUCUGUGGACUGGAAUAAUUAUUUGAGACAGUGGAUUCAUUUGGAGUGGAUUAGCUCACAGCUAUGAGAAAACCACAUUAUGACUGAGUUUUGUGCAACUAUUGUAGGGCCACCCUCUGUGUGUGUGUGUGUGUGUGUGUGUGUGUGUGUGUGUGUGUGUGUGUGUGGAUUUGAGAAAGAGAGAGUGAGUGUUUGCAUGGUCAAACCCAUAAUUGGUGUACCAAGCCACAGUGUGGUUGGAGCCAGGCACUUCACUUGAACACACACACACACACACACACACACACACAGAAACGGUAUGGAUUUGCCAAAAGGAGCUGGGCCUACAGGCUUCACUUUAACAAGCUGAGAGAGCGGCUUGGCUCCUCUUUUCUAAAAGUCUGCCAUGCUUAUGAAGUGACUGGGAAACAUGUUUUUGCACUGCUGCUUUUCAGUUUCUCUGCAAUAUGAGACAAUGUGACAACGAGGAGUUAUUGUUUGACUGGUGUGGAGUAUCUUUGGUUUCUAGGAGUUUACCAAAACAAACUGGAAUUUUUCUGUUUAUGUUUUCUGGACUGAUUGAUUAUCUUUAUCCAAGCAAAACAGGGAGAUAUACAUUUUCAGCCCAGGACACUAAUAUGCAACAUGGUUGCAUUUUAGGAUCCACUAAAUGGAAAAACAUUGUUGCUACUGUUUUGAUGUAAGCAUGAAAAGUGGGACUUAAAGACCUCAUCUGGGACAUAUGUGGCUCAUGAAGGGGCUAUAGGGUCACAAGGUCCUCAUGGGGCCACUGAAUUACCUGCACAAGAUAAUAUUAUUGAAUCCUUUGUCUCUAUGUACAGAUAAACUAAAUAUCAAACUAAUCAAUCCCCUUCAAUGUGUCAAGACUGUAUGUGUGUGUAUGUGUCACAAACAGCUGUGCUGUCUGUAAUUAUAACUAAUAAUAAAUAUGGCUCAGAAAACA